UUUUUUAUGUGUCCCUUAUUUUCCUGAAGUGUAUGUGGUGACUAGGUAAUUUUAGUUAUAUUAAUGUGCCCAUCCUAAAUUCUAUUGUUGUUGUUUUUAUAGCAUUUUUCAUCUGAGAUACUCAAAGAACUUCACAAAUGAUAUAAAACCCUCUGAAUUUUACCCUAUUUAUUGAUGGAGAAACUGAGGCACAGAGGUUAGGUGACUUCCCCGUGGUCACACAGCAAAUUGACGUAAAUGGGAAUAUAAAUUAUAUCUCCUGAGUCUGAUGUCUUAAAACCACAGGUACUUCAGCUCUGAAGGAAAAUGAAAGGCGGGGUUACUGAAGAACAUCUGUACCUGGCUUACUCCCAUCAAUUUGAAGAUUGCAUCUUUCCUCUCCACACAUCAAUAUCCUUGUUUUUGCUGUCCUACUGUGACUGCAAAUUAUUCAAAGUUUUCUUAGUGCCUGCUAGUGACAGUACAGAUGACCAGUUAUUUGGCAAAGCACAGCCUGAUGACCUAGAGUUCCACUUCAUCUCAAGGCGUCAACUCCCUUUGGUUGUCCAGAGUUGCUGUUUGCCUGCUAUAGUUGAAGAAAAUGGCAAAUUCUGUCGAGCUGGUCUUUCUGUUGUGUUGAGGCACAUAAUACAGAAAACAUAUGAGGUAGAUCCAUCAAAGAAGUUGGUUUUGGAACUUUUGGGGUUUAAAAAGACGUGCCUAAAAGCCUGUGCUGAAGUUAGUCAGUGGACCAGACUUUGUGAGUUCAGCAUCCCGCAGGCUGUUGAGAGCUUAUUGAAUGCGUCUCCCGAUCAGUGUCAGGCCAUUCCACCUGAGGUUUUGCUUCUUGAGAAGAAGCUAGGAGAACCUGUCAGAGUGCACAAUGAUGACAAAAUUCGAAGGCAGAAACUUCAACAGCAAAAGGCAGGUGAUAAGACUGCAGCACCUGCCCUCGCUAAGAGAGCAACAAAAAAUCUUAGCCCAGAAGAAGGAACAAUAGUGGAAAUCAAAGACCAAGAAGAACCUGCAAGUUUGGAACUGAAAGUAGCUUUCUCAAAAUUAAUUGUGCAGGAAAUACCUGCUACAACCAACAGGGAGCCCUCUCACAUCAGGAAAACAAAAACCUCUGAUCUCCCACCUCUGGAGCAUGUUUUUGCUGAGGGGCUUUAUUUCACUCUGGCAGAUGUAGUGCUUUUGCCAUGCAUCCAUCAAUUCUUGGUUUUCAUCAAGAAGCACAACAAAAAGCUAUUAGAUUUGCGUCUGAUAUCCAGUUGGUACCACAGAGUUCAGGAAGUGCCUGGAGUAAAGAGUGCUGCUGCCAAGUGCAAUAUGCUGUUUCUCCAAUUUCCAGAUUUGCUGUCUUUCCCAGAUGAGCAGCUGAGAGACUUCUCUACAAUUCCUGAUGACUUAGAGGAAGAACAUGAAGACUAUCAGUUUAUAGGCGGUCCAAGGCCAACCAUGACAAAGUUAAUGGAAAGCGGUAUUGAAGCAAAGUUUUCUCCUCAUCCCUGCCCUAGGUGGACCCUAGAUUGGAACAGUCUACCAGCAGCAGUCAGUCCUGGAGAAGGUCUUGAGCAUCGAACUUUGAAUCUGAAGCAUUUUGAGCACUCUACUGCUGGUCCCAUAAGGCAGCCCUUGUUGUGAAGGGAACUGAUCUUUUCCCUGGGCUGCCAUCUUUGCCAGGGGCUCUUAUUUCUCCUCAGUGAGUGGG